GGGAGGGCGGGAGCGUGGCGGGCCCAGAGCCGGUUCCGGUUCCGCUUCCGGUUCCGGUGCCGUCGCCAUGGAGCCGGCUGAGGCGGAGUUCCUGGCCGAGCAGGAGCUGGUGACGAUCGUGCCCAGCUUCAGCAUGGACCGAGUGCACCUCAUCGGGGGGGACCUGGGCCCUUUCAAUCCGGGGCUGCCGGUGGAGGUGCCGCUGUGGCUGGCCAUCAACCUGAAGCAGAGGCAGAAAUGCCGCCUGGUGCCCCCGGAGUGGAUGGAUGUGGAAAAACUGGAGGAAAUACGGGACCAGGAACGCAAAGAGGACACCUUCACCCCCAUGCCCAGCCCCUACUACAUGGAGCUGACAAAGCUGCUGUUAAACUACGCCUCCGACAACAUCCCCAAGGCCGACGAGAUCCGCACGCUGGUGAAGGACACGUGGGACACGCGCAUGGCCAAGCUGCGCCUGUCCGCCGACAGCUUCGUCCGGCAGCAGGAGGCUCACGCCAAGCUGGAUAACCUGACCCUGAUGGAGAUCAACACCAUCGGGACGUUCCUCACGCAAGCCCUGGACCACAUGUACAAGCUGCGCACCAACCUGCAGCCCGCCCACAGCUCCCAGUCGCAGGAUUUCUGAGGCGCCCGCCCUCAAACCUUCCCCUGGAGGGGGGGGAAAAUUCAGAGCCUGCCGGGGAGCUGCUCUCUGCUCGGCUGCUCUCUGGCGGCAGGCAGAGCUCCCUGCCCUGCCCGGCGUGGCUGUGCUUCGGAGAGGGAACUUCUGAGGGCAGCACAGGCCACGCGCCGGCUUGGGAGAGAGGAAUUUCGAGGCGGCGCUUCGCCGAGAAUCCGCUCAGAGCCAUGAGAAGAGGAGCCCGAGGCGUGCGCCGGGGAGAUCAGCAACCUCCGGCUGCUCCCUGUGCAGGAGGACAAAAGGAAAGGGUUUUCCCUCUCCCGCCCGGGCUGUUUUGUACGAGAUCUCAUUUUUAUUUGUGGCUGAAACUAAAAAUAAAGAAGCGAGCGGCCGCUGAGCGAGCCGCGCUGAAUUUC